AUGCGGGAUGAAGAAGACACCAAGGUAAGAAAGAGUAUUGCUCUGAAAGUAUCACAAGACGAAGAUGAAACAAUCUCACAGGAUGGAAAUGAUUUAGAAGGUGAUGACAGUGAUAUUGCACUCAUCACACGAGAAACUGAUUUAAAGGAUGCUGAUACUCAAGACAGUCCAGCUGGAGAAGUGAAUGACAGAGACACCACCACUCCUAAUGAUCUUCCAAGAACUUGGAAAUUUGUCCAGAACCAUCCCAGGGAGCUUAUAAUUGGUGAUCCAUCUGAAAAGAUGGAAGAGCAGAACUCUGAAGGAAACAUAGUUGGUGGAAAUGAGGAACCAGAGCGAGCUACCCAGGGUGAUGAAACUAAUAAAGGAAACAUUGCUGAGAAUCAGCAAACACCUGAACCCUCCACCAGGAAGUCUCCAAGGACAAUGACUGAGGCUCAAAAUGUUGUGGCAUCUGCCACACAAAUCUCGAAAGGGAAACGUUCUGGGAAGGAUCAAAAAGAGCCAAGACCUGACCCCACAGGGCCAACUACUGGUACUGAGGCCACACCACCUUCCAACUCUCAGCCCAAGGAUAAAGGCAAGGCUCCAGCAACUGAGGAGGCAUAUGAAGAAGACGAUGAAGAAACUGAGGAAAAAGUGGACCCUGAACAGUUUCGUCUGGCCAGGAGGAGGCCUGGAUCAUCUAAAAUCACUAUCUAG